UACCAUUUAGUAUCAAUGGCUUUCAAUUUUUGCCUCAAGAAUAUUAUUGUUCUUGUUCUUUUUCUCAUUCUUAGCCUAUGUCCCUUUAUAGUGACUUCCCGUGACUUAAAAGAAUCAUCCAUGCUUGAAAGGCAUGAAAAAUGGAUGGCUCAUCAUGGACGUGUAUACAAAGAUGAUAUAGAAAAAGAACAUCGCUUCAAAACAUUUAAGGAAAACGUUGAGUUCAUCGAAUCGUUCAACCAGAACGGAACUCAACGUUAUAAGCUAGCCAUCAAUAAAUAUGCUGAUCUGACCACUGAGGAAUUUAAAGCAUCAUUUAUGGGGCUUGACACUUCAUUAUUAUCCCAACAAGAAUCAACAGAUACAACAACGUCCUUUAAAUAUGGUAGUGUGACUGAAGUUCCAUAUAGCAUGGACUGGAGAAAGUCGGGAAGUGUCACAGAAAUCAAAGAUCAAGGUGUAUGUGGAUGUUGUUGGGCAUUUUCUGCAGUCGCGGCUAUAGAAGGAGCAUAUCAAAUUGCAAACAACGAACUAAUCUCACUAUCGGAGCAACAACUAUUGGAUUGCUCUACGCAGAACAAAGGUUGUGAGGGCGGACUAAUGACGGUAGCCUACGACUUUUUACUUCAGAAUAAUGGCGGGGGCAUUACCACGGAGACUAACUAUCCUUAUGAAGCAGCUCAAAAAGUUUGCAAGACCGAACAAUCAGCAGCAGUGACUAUCAGUGGCUACGAAGUUGUACCAUCUAGUGAGUCAUCGUUGUUGAAAGCUGUAGUGAAUCAACCAAUUUCUGUUGGUAUUGCGGCUAACCAUGAGUUUCAUAUGUACGGAAGUGGAAUAUAUGAUGGAAGUUGUAGCCCUAGCCUGAAUCAUGCAGUGACAGUGAUAGGCUAUGGGACAAGUGAAGAAGAUGGUACAAAAUAUUGGAUAGUGAAGAAUUCAUGGGGGAGUAGUUGGGGUGAGGAAGGAUAUAUGAGAAUUGCUAGAGAUGUUGGAGUUGAUGGUGGCCAUUGUGGCAUUGCAAAGGUUGCUUCUUUCCCAACUGUUUGAAUUUCUAUUAAAAAAACAGGCAUUGUUAUUACUAAUAUUAUAUAUGUACGUAGAAGAAAUGCCAAGGCUAUUGCUUGUAAUUCAUGAUUCAAGAAUAAAUUAAUCAAUACUAGAGGUUUUGCUUUUU